AUGGAACCGACAUAUUUCACAUGCACGCUGGGCCAAGCCAAAUUGCUUGGACAGCGCAGUCCGUUCCGAACUGUUAAUGAAUUGAUCAAUAUCAAGGCUGCAAACGAGGGAGACACUCCGGCAGUUGGUUUCUACAAGCCCUGUUCUGAGUCCACAGAAGAAUGGCGGGCGCACAUCUUGACCUUCCGAGAUGUUGCACGUGGAUGCGAAGCGACAGCGACCUCGCUUGUACAGAAGUUACACUCCACGGCAAAAUGUACGGUUGCCCUGUUGUGUCCAAGUUCUCCUGAGUUUCUCUUCACCUGGCUGGCUCUGAUGAAACUCGGCCAUUCAGUCCUGCUGAUAGCCCCUCAAUGCUCUCCGUCAGCUAUCUCGCACCUAUGCCAGACUUGUGAUGUUCAAGAUCUCAUAUACGAUGAUCAGUAUAAGGACCUUGCACAAAGCACCUUGUCCGAAAGUACUGCCAAGGGUGCUGCUUUCAAUAUAAUUCUGCAUCCGUUUUCAGGACAGGAUGUAUCUGAAGCCAUUGGAAGGCCUUUGGCAAAUGGCUCCUUACCUUCAGUUCAAGCCAAAGCAACGGAAAUCGCCUAUCUGCAUCAUACAUCUGGAACAUCUAGUGGGGUGCCCAAGCCAAUAGCGCAAAGUCACCAUGCAGCAGUUGGAGCAUUGCCUACACUCGAUGGAAGACAUGCAGCAACAUUUACCACAACUCCGCUCUAUCAUGGAGGAAUUGCAGACCUGUUCCGGGCAUGGACCAGCAAUGCAUUGAUAUGGCUCUUUCCUGGGAAACAGUUGCCAAUAACAGCGAACAAUGUGGGCAAAUGCUUAGAAAUCGCAAAGCAACGUGCAGAGAAAAGAUUAUGCCCACCAGUCCAAUACUUCUCAUCGGUCCCCUACAUCCUGCAAAUGAUGGCUGGUAAUGAAGAGGGACUGAAGCUCCUCCAGGGUAUGGAGAUUGUUGGCGUCGGAGGAGCAGCUCUUCCGUCUGACGUCGGUAAUAUGCUUGUCGAAAGGGGCGUUCAUCUGAUAUCAAGGUUCGGAAGUGCAGAAUGUGGCUUCUUGAUGUCUUCGCAUCGUGACUACGGCAAAGACAAGGCAUGGGACUAUCUCAGGUCAUCCUCAGCUGGUGAUUUCCUCCAGUUUGAAGAGCGAGAAGACAAUCUUUUGGAGCUUGUCAUUCAGCAAGGCUGGCCUCACAUGGCGAAGCACAACCGAAAAAACGGUUCUUUUGCGACUGCAGACUUGUUCAUGCCCCACCCAUCCAUUGUAGGAGCAUGGCGGUACCAUUCCAGGUCGGACUCUCAGUUAACCCUUGUUACUGGAAAGAAGUUCGACCCGGCACCACUUGAAGAUGCCAUCAAAGCGUCCUCUACUGUCAUUGAAGAUGUGCUCAUAUUUGGAAAUGGCAAGCCUUAUGCAGGGGCAUUGCUCUUCCGAACCAAACAAGCUUCCUCUCUGUCAGAGGAUGAAUUUGUUGACAGCAUCGUCCCUGUAAUCGAAAAAUUGAACAAAGAAAGUCAGAGCCAUGCCAAAAUAUCGCGAGCCAUGCUUAUUCCAAUGAAGUAUGAAGAGAAGCCACUUCAGAAGAGCAGCAAAGGGACGACUAUCCGAACACAAGCUGAGAAAAAGUAUUCGGAACAGAUCAAUGCCGCGUAUAACGGCGAACCGUCAGCAUGCAAUUCCGACAUCGCCGAUGCUGAAAUACCACAGGCGAUCCGCGAAAUUGUCUUGUCCGUCGUUGGAAGUGGAGAUACAACUCAUUUGUCGUACGAUACAGACCUGUUUUCGUAUGGUGCGGAUUCGGUGGCUUGCAUGCAAAUCCGGCAAAGGCUAUCUCGCCUAAUUCCAGGGGCGGCAGCCUUGCCGGUUAGUGUGGUUGAGGAUUGCGGGACGAUCGACCGACUCAGCACCUUCAUCAUUCGUUUGAGAUCCGGAGCUGAACUCGAAGAGCAAGAUGAUCAGAUUAAACUGAUGUCUGAUCUUGUCGACAAAUAUCGUGUUGAAGAUCCCGAACCCUGCUCGGCCCCCUCAUCGCCAUCAGUGACCCAACGGCCACCCGGACUGCGAGUCCUUCUGACAGGCCCAACGGGGUCACUCGGUUCUCAUCUUCUCCACCAGCUGCUCAACGACGCUCGAGUUGGACAUAUAUACCUCCUCGUACGAGGUGCCAGUACUGACGCGUCUCUUGGACGGGUGACCAAAGCACUCACAAGUCGAGGCCUGGACAUACCCUCGAAUUUGUCCUGCAAGACCACCAUUCUACCCUGCAAGCUCUCAGAACCCAACCUCGGCCUCUCAUGCUCGGACUACGAAACCCUCUCGAAUGAAGUCGACAUCAUCUUCCAUUUAGCAUGGAGCGUCAACUUCCUCAUCUCGCUGCGCACCAUCGCCAACACCCAGCUCUCCGGGUUGCGCAACCUACUGAAUCUCGCACUUGCUAGACCACCGCACUCAGACUCGAGGAGAGCACCAGCACGCUUUGUAUUCUGCUCCAGCGUCGCCGCCGUCUCCAACUUCACAUCCCCUUCUGCCGACCACACUUCCAGCACCACGGUUCCGGAACAAUUCGUCGCAGCCCCAAACAUCUCCGGCCCAACAGGAUACGCGCGCUCUAAAUGGGUCGGCGAAGCAAUAUGCUCGGCUGCCCACGAAAUCACACGUCUCAAAGGCCACAUAUCCAUCGCUCGCGUGGGCCAACUCUCGGGCGCGACCGACACUGGCGCGUGGAGUUCCUCGGAAGCAUACCCACUGCUCCUUUCGAGCGCGAAAGACACCGGCGUCCUCCCAGACCUGAAAGACGAAGUAUUGAACUGGCUACCCGUGGACGUCGCAGCGAGGGCAUUCCUCGAACUCGCAUUCGUCGACUCCCACUUCCAGACACCACCGCCCACCGACCAAAUCAACGGACCCACCAUCCCCGUGCACCACGUCCUCAACCCAAACAUGGCGGUCCGGUGGUCCGACCUACUCUCAUGGCUGUCCCGACACUCUCAAUCUAGGUUCACCGUGGUUUCCGCGGCUGAAUGGCUGGAAAAACUCACCGCAUUACAAGCCGACGAAGCGACGAAACAUCAUCCGGCACUGCGUCUGCUGGAGUUCUGGCGGAACGCUUACGGAGCUGCAUCGAGCGGGAAAAAUGACGCUGUUGGUGCUGUUGAUGUUGCUGGUGGUGCUGUUGAUGGUGCUGGUGCUGCUGGUGACAAGGCUGUUGAGAAUGAGGAGAGGAAACACGAAGACGCAUUGCAGUAUAACAUGACCGAGACGUUUCGCGCUAUGCCGGUGCUGCGCGACGUCGAGGAUUGCAUGGAUGAGGCCUAUGUAUUGAAGUUAUGGGAGUGGGUGCAGAGGGAAUUGUGA